GCGCUUUAUAUGUAUUCUACAGCAUGCCUUUGGUUGAACUUCUUGGUGGUAUUUCCGUUUCUUUCCCAUAUGAACCAUAUGAAUGCCAGAAAACAUAUAUGAAUAAAGUUGUUGAGGCAUUAAUUCAGAAGAGACAUGCUAUUCUUGAAUCUCCAACUGGCACAGGAAAAACGCUUUGUCUUUUAUGUUCUUCGCUUGCCUGGCAAGAGAGCAUUCUUGUUCAAAAUCAUCUCACUGCUGAAACACCUUUGAAUGAUUUUUCUAAGGCAGAUGAAAGCAUGAUCUUGAACUAUUCUAAAGCUUUAGUUCAAGCACCUCAAAUCGAAAAUCUUAUAUCAUUUCCCAAAAUCAUAUUUUCGUCUAGGACGCAUGCGCAAUUAUCACAAGCCAUACAAGCACUCAAACGGACGUCAUAUUCCAGUCGGCGUGUUGGCGUUAUUGGUUCACGUGACCAAUUGUGUCUUCUACCUGAAAUUGUGAAUUUGGAAUCCAAUUCUGCAAAAGUUUUUAACUGCCGUGUACGCGUGCAAACACAUAAAAGGGAUAGUCUCCUUGCUGCUUCAAAAGCUGGAGGAAUUGUUGAUAUAGAAGAUCUUGUCAGAGUUGGCAAAGAGACAAGGUGCUGCCCAUAUUAUAUGUCAAGGGAACUUAAGACAGACGCUGAUAUAAUUUUCAUGCCUUACAACUACUUGGUGGAUGCCAAAUUAUUUUAUUACUCUAAUUAUAUGUUUGAAUAA